CUCUAUUUUUCCAUGCACGCUUAUAUGUAUAUGUAUAUGUAAAACUUAGAAAAUACCGUUAGCAACCACUGAUUAGCAACCAACAAAAUGCUAUUUUCAAAUUCACCGGCAAAACAAAACCAAAAGAAUAUGGAAAUAAAAACACUUGCACUUCAGGGAAAACCAAUGGAGUCGCUCACAAUGACCCCAACUCUACAUACCGUUGUUGUCAACACUAACAAAUGUAUCCACUUGCUUAACCAUUUGCUUUUGGCAUUUUCAAGGACGCUCACACAAAAGCUAAACAGAAAAUAUUCAUUUUUGUAUACAUAAAUUCUUAAAACACUCAACUUUAUUAUUUUGAAAAAUGUUUCACAAACGUUUUUUUGUUAAAAUAGAAAUACAAUUACAUGCGGUUACAUGCCCCGGCGUCUGGUUGUGCACACAUGGCUAUCUGGAGUUGACUAUUAAAACGUUGGGUUACUUUUUUCGCACAGGUGCAAUGGAACCACGUUUUCCACUACUCUGCCAUGAUAAAUUCAAAAUGGAGGGUUAUUUCAAGUCAGUUGGUUCGCUAAGUGAUCUGGAACGUGUGUUGGCCGCGGAGCAAAUGGAGGUAACACUUUGGCAGAAUGGCCGUCGUAUGGCAUUCUUUAUGGGUAAACUGGCCGACGUUAUGCAAACGGAUGUACCAAAAUUGACUUGCGAACACAAUAUCAAUGUGCAAUUGCUUAUGAAGGCGACACCUGCAUUUCCGGGCAUAAUUGCGCCUAAAGUUGAGCUAAGUGCACGUGUGGGUGUACAGGACCGCCUGUCGGGGUCCACUGCAGAACAAAAAUAUACGAGGAAGUCAGCUAACGAUGCAACUUUGCAUAAACUCGAAUUUGAAGCCAAACAUACACCGAAUCGGCAUAGUCAACAGCAGUCAUCGCCAGCUGGAAGUUGUUUUAGUCAAUUGGAAGAGAGACGGCGGCAAAGACCAGUUUGUCACACUAAAGUAAACACUUACGGCGGAUUUUCAAGAGAAAACUCAGGCGCUCAGUGCAGCAAUAAGUUAUUUGAAAUGGAUGCCGGCUCCCGUCAUACUGCAGAACGUCGCCUUUCGGCUGGUUCAAGUAAUUUCAGUAGUAGUUCAUACAACCUUAGCCAAAUAACGAGAGUAAGUAGUCCCUCGCGUCACAGUCAUUCUGUCUGCACUAUUUCUUCGAUAUCAGCACCAGACAAGCACCAACGCCAUUGCGAAAUUUGCCAAUCUUACAGAAAAGUAUUUUCAUAACAUUUAACAAUAGUUAUUGAAAUUAUUUGAAAAGUGCAUGUAUAG